AUGUCUCUGCCCACUGCACCUCUCGGUCGCGAUGGCCCUCAAGUCAACCGCCUGGGUUUCGGCCUCAUGGGCUUGUCCUCAUUCUAUGGCAAGCCGAAGCCUGACUCUGAACGUCUGGCAAUGCUUGACUUGGCCCAUAAGCUAGGCGAACGCUUCUGGGACUCUUCUGAUGUUUACGGCGACAACGAAGACUUGAUCGGACAGUGGUUCAAGGCCAACCCAGACAAGCGCAAGGACAUCUUUCUUGCUACCAAGUUUGCUUUCAAGGACUCGAUGGGUACAAUCGACACUUCUCCAGAACACGUUAAAGUAGCCAUCGAGAAGUCUCUUCAGCGUCUCGGAAUCGAGCAGGUGGACCUUUACUACUGUCACCGCGUCGACCAGAAGACGCCAAUUGAGCUCACCGUGCAAGCCAUGGCCGACCUUGUCAAUCUCAAGAAAGUAAAGUAUCUCGGUCUGUCAGAAGUCAGCUCUGAGACUCUACGAAGAGCGCACAAGGUCCACCCCAUCUCCGCCGUACAGGUCGAAUACUCACCCUUCGCGCUGGAGAUCGAGAGCAAGCAAGUCGAUCUACUCAAGACAUGCCGCGAGCUUGGCGUGGCAGUUGUGGCGUACUCACCACUAAGUCGCGGUAUGCUGACUGGCGCCAUCAAGAGCCCAGAUGACUUUGAGGAAGGCGACUUCCGUAGCUAUGCGCCCCGAUUCAGUGCCGAGAACUUCCCCAAAAACCUGAAGCUCGUGGACCGCAUCACCGAGAUUGCGAAGGCGAAGGGCGUUACGCCUGGUCAGUUGACACUGGCGUGGUUGAUGGCACAGGGUGACGACAUCUUCCCAAUCCCGGGUACUACCAAGCCUGAGCGCCUGGAGGAGAACGUCGGGAGUGUGAAGGUUGAGCUAAGCAAGGAGGAGGAACAGAAGAUUCGCAAGGCGUGCGAAGAGGCAGAGGUUAGCGGUGGACGUUAUCCCGAGAGCUUCAUGAAGAUGUGCUAUGCCGACACGCCGUCGCUGGAUGAGUACCGCGAUAGUGGUGCGGACAAGACGGGGGCUGAAGGAAAGCCGACCCAUACAGCAGAUAUCAUCGGCGGAUCAUAG